AGUAGGACGCGGGCAGAGCAAACUCAGUCGAGAGGAGUGUCUUCGCUGCUGCAACAUCGUGAUUUGUGUGUGGUUUGUAUCGCGAUGUCUGUGGGCUGGAAAUGUCUUGGGCUGUUGGUGGUGAUGCAGGGAGCUGCCACUGUUGCUGUUGAACACACCUACGAGGUGGCAUAUUUCUGCCAAAGUGAAAAUCGAAAAGGAUCCCGCAAUGAAGUGUUUGACGACGAUGAAAUGUUUCACAUCGACCCCGAUCGGAAGGUGGACGAGCCCCGUCUCCCCGAGUUUGAGAAGUGGGCCUGGAACGACUCGAGCUUGAUUCAGGGUGCACUGGCUAACCUGGGCAUUUGUGAAAACCACCUGAAGGGUGUUAUGAAAGCUAUUCCUGAUGAACCUGCUGUGAAGGUCCCCCCGAAGCCAGCUGUGUUCCCCGAGGAGCCCGUGGAGCUCGGCUGGCCCAACACGCUGAUCUGCGCGCUCAACGACUUCACGCCGCCCACCGCCCAGCUCAGGUGGCUGAAGAACGGGCAGCCUGUGACCAGUGACGUCAGCUCCACGGACUACAUCCCCCUGAGCAGCAACAAAUUCGCCAUGUUCUCGUACCUGAGCUUCACCCCGCAGGAGGGGGACAUCUACACCUGCCACGUGGAGCACACAGCCCUGAGCGAGCCAGUCUCUGUCUUCUGGGACGCUGAGGUGCCAACAGACUCGGAUGCUUCAGAGACGGCAUUCUGUGCGAUAGGGCUGGCCCUGGGCAUUCUCGGUGUUGUCCUGGGGACAGUGUUCUUGAUCAAGGCAAUAAAAUUUCACAGCUGACACGAUUAAUGGUCAUCAGGUAUGAUCGUGGAUUUUUCCAUUGUUGUAAGUGACGUUAAGAAUUGGUGUAAUUGCUGUUUGCUGAGUAAAACCUUUAUUUUUAUUUUUCCAGUCCUGGGCCUCUGUGAAAAAGCAGAUCUUCUUUAAAUCCUAUGAUUUUAAUUUUGAAGGGCUUAGAGCAAUACAUGAUUUUGUUUUAUUUUUGCUUGUUCAUUUUAGAAAAUACGUUUUGCUUAUAAAAUACUAACCUGACAUUUGAUUUCAUGAUGUGAAAGCAAUAAAGCAGUUUUAUUAUCUCCAUUUGAAGAAGUUUUAUUAUCUCCAUUUGAAGAAAACAAGACUUUUUAAAAUGGUUCCAAAAUGUUUUAUACCAAAUCAAUAUGCAGAUUACAGGCUACUGGCAUGAUGAAUUGUGUUUUUUCAAUUGUCUUAAUUUAACAAUAAAGUUUUCCAAGCAUUUUCUUUAA